GAAAUGACCGAGGAGGAGCUGACGACCUUGGUCAGAUCUCGCAUGGGCAGCAAUCUCGGGAAGCUCGUGAACAUCAAGGACCAGUGCCUGUACUACGGGGACGUGCCCGACGACCCGGGCUGGACGGCUAACAUCGGCACGGACGGAGUGAUUGCUUGGGACCAGGACGAGCCCUGCCCCGACGGGCAGGUCUACAUCAUCGGGUCUGCCCGUGGCGAGCUGCUGCGCAUGUCGGCCGCGAAGGGGCCGACCAAGCACAAGUUCGUCGCUGGCACAUUCGAAUACCCCGUGGUCAUGGACUUCAAGAAGAACAUCGGCAAGUGC